ACGGGCCAGGGGCCGGCGGCUGCCCUGGACUACUUCCUCUCUACUGUCACCUGGGGAGGAUGAGCAGACAGGGACAGUGGGAAUGGCUGAGCGACUCGACCUCCCUGCUCCCGCCGUGCAACGGUGCUGUAAGUUACUACUCUCAAUUUGGACGGACGCCGGGUUUUACAUCCGCUGCGGGGCAACGUUUCCGCAAGAUUCUGGAUGAGCAUCUGGACCUGUUCCGCUGGCCCGAGGGCACCAAGGCGGACAGAGAGCUGUCUGUAAAAGACGAGGGAGGACGACUGUACCACUGGAUCCUCCCCUCCUUCUUCCAGCUGCUCAAAGACCUGGUUCAGGAGGGGAGGGAGUUCGCCGUCGUGUUCCGUACGUUUGGAGCUGACCUACCUCGUGUGCUGAGUGCCGUAUCCAGAGCACUGAACGAAGGGGCUCAUCCACUGUUCCCUGAUCUGCCCGAUCUCAAGGUAGAAUUAAAUGUGAAUAUGACUCCGGGCAAGAUCCGCUGCAGCAAGAAGGGAACCGUCCUGAGCCGAGCCGAGGAGCGCCUGUCCACUCGCGAUGGAGACAGAGGCCUGUACCAGUACCUGAGCUCAGUCCAGGACCUGGGGGGCUUUCAGGACCACUUUGACUGGUGGGCCAGUAAUACCUUCUCCAUCCGUGGGGGGAAGCCGCUGUGGGUCGACCCCUUUGAUCAACAUGUUCAGCACAUCUUCAUAGACGACAACAUCCGACAGAACGACGAGGACACCAUCGUUCAUCCCAAGGUUUUCCUGGACCCAGGUGGCGCUGAGACUCGCACAGCCAGCACCUCUGAGCUGUAUGACCUCGCGCUGGUCCAGACCAACCUCCUCCAGGCCAUUUCUCAGCCGGACUACUUCACUCAGCGCGUCCACAUCUGCCUGGAAAACUACGAGAGGAAUCUCCAGCAGGGGGCAGGCUAGAACACAGUUCACCUGUAUGUCUGCACCAUCAACCUCCAGUGUAGGGUUCCAUUAACCCAGACUCCACAAUCCCAGUAGCCAUGUAGGUUGGGCUAUUAAACACAAAGGCUGAUGACGUACUGAAGGACCGGAGGUCAUCGGACCACUAAUGGAAGAAGUUUUCAUAUGGAGGAAGGUAACAGGAAUAAAUAGGCAGAUAAAGAAGGAUCAGUUAUUAUGGAACAAUGGCAGCUAGAUGAGCAGUUUCAUCUCACACUGUUCAUCACUAGCAUUGUAUCUCCUCCAGGGGAGCAGUCAAAGGAUGUCAGAUUAAACACAGGGCACUUCACAAAUAGAUUGUACUUGUCUACUGUCCUGAGGUGAACCACCACAAAAAAGUGUUAUUGGCUUGAUUAAGCACUUAAGUGGCCAGACCAGAGUCUUUGAUUGCAUCAAAGACUCAGCUACUAAUCACGCCACGGGAUAAUUGCCCCAACUCUCUGACAUUUGUGUCAGACAGCAUAAUUGGGGUCAGGUAUGGUGGAAAAAAAAAACCUUCAAGUCUUGCGUUCUUGGCUAGCCAGUAGAAUCUUCGUAUGCCAUCCUCAGGGUGUGAUGCUCUCCUGUAGCUUCUCCCUUUAGAUGGUUUCAAUUUAGUGUUGAUCAUCGUCUGCAUUGUUUACAUCCGUUUAGAACUGAAAGGUUAUACUUGAACACGCCUCGAUGACUGAAAAAGUAUGUUUUCUAACAAAAGGGUAUUACCUCAAUGCCCACUAUAAACACAUUCUAAAGACAUUGCAUCAGAUACCGACUUCAACUGUAAUCUAAUGUGACUGUAUUUCUGGUGGGAAUAACAAAAGACACCUUAUUGGAUACAUAAUUAUUUCCUGAUGUGAUCAGGUUAGAGUAAUCCAUAUCCAUGAUGGAUUAGUCAGAGCAGUUCAUACAGUAUGUAUAGAGUGAUCUAUAGACAUAUCAUUAGGUUGAACGUGGGUUUUGGAUGUGUUUUUAAUAAAAACAUCCUUGGGUUACACAUUAAAUAAGUUGAAUGUGUGUGUAGCUUAUGGUUAUCUUUUGCUUUUAAGGGUUUUUAGAUUUAUUUAUUGUUAAGCUUUCAGGGAGAUUUUUAAUAUCCAUUUCUUUCCUCAGGUCAAAAUGUAGAGAGACAGAUGAAUGGAAACGAUAUAAAUAAGUUGAGGAAAAUACUCUAAUGCAGGUUUAAAAGUGGAGUGAUGAUAUCAGUGAUGUACCUUUUCAUUACAUGGAUUACCGUUAAUGGAGAAGAUGCAAGUGAAUACAUUAAUAAGACUAGAAAGGAGCACUCCGUAGAGUUCAGACCUCUGGCAGUGCCAGGUGUGUCUGCAAAGACCACUGCUGUGUUGUGUAAUUGAAUGAGUACAACCUUAAAAUCCUAAUGAUACCUGUCCCUAUUGAUCAUGCAGCCAUAACCUGGCACCCAAAAAUAUAUAAUGCAGUUUGCUGAAGCAGAAUGCGAGAUAAGCUGACUCACACAAAAUGAAAACAUCUGUAAUAAAGUAUGCAAUACACCACGCAGUAGGUUUGUCACAGCAUCACAACAUUGACUUUGUAAUAUUGAUUUUAUAUUGCCAUGCUUUAUGGUCUGUAGGCUUGGUAAUAACCACUGAAGCUAAUCAUCACUAUGUUUAUAUGAGCUCGCAGGAGGACUGAGUUUUGCACUGGAUAUGUUAGGACGCCAUUUAGUUGUCAGCCAGCUUGGCUCUGCCCAUGAAGAGUUUUGCACACUCAACUGUACUGAAGCAAUCUCAAAUACUUUGAUAUUGUGCACUGAAGUGUCAUCACAUCAUGUGGUUACCAUGGAUUCUGAUGCUGCCACGAAUUUGAAUGCGCAUUGCAUAAAAAAAACUUGAAAACUGUCAUUUAUUUAUUUUUCUGAUGCUAAAUGUUUCCCUUCACUGUUAAAUAAAUUGCUGUGUUUUCUGAUGAACUGUUUGUUUUUUUGCAUAAUGACAACUAAAG